AUGAAGCUCAACCCAGAGAAGUGUGUAUUCGGCGUAGCUUCAGAAAAGUUUCUGGGUUUCAUGAUCACUCAUCGGGGGAUUGAGGCCAACCCCGAUGAGAUUCAGGCUUUGGCAGCAAUGGAAUCACCAAGGACCAAGAAAAAAGUUCAAAAGUUGACAGGCAGGGUAGCCGCCUUAAAUAGGUUUAUGUCCCAAGCAGCAGACAGGUGCUCCCCUUUUUCAAAGCUCUCAGAGGAGCUCAAGCAGACAUUGGAAUCUCCUCCUAUCCUCACCAAACCCGAGCCCGGGGAUACUUUGUAUUUAUACUUAGCCAUGUCUCAGAAUGCAGUGAGUGGUGUCUUGGUGAAAGAGCCUCUAAAACACAUUAUUCAGAAACCAGGCGUCUCAAGAAGAUUACUGAAGUGGGCAAUUGAACUCGGAGAAUUUGACAUAGAGUUCAAGCCCCGUCCAUCUGUCAAAGCUCAGGCCUUAGCUGACUUCAUUGUAGAACUCAACUCAAGGCCUUGGGGGCCAGAUGGUAGCUCGAGCUCUUCCACGGGCGUGUGGCAAAUUUUUGUAGAUGGAGCAUCAAACUCCUCGGGAUCGGGUCCAAGGGUCAUAAUCAUAAGCCCGGUCACGCUCAUAGACAUUCAGUGUGCACUUAGAUUCGAAUUUGAGGCAACCAAUAAUGAAGCAGAGUAUGAGGCCGUCAUCAUAGCCAUGGAACUUGCCAUCAAUCUCGAGCUUGAAAACAUCAAAAUUUACAGUGACUCCCAGUUGGUGGUUGGACAAAUUGAAGAGACGUUCGAUAGGAAGGACGAGAAAAUGAGCUUAUACUGCUUGAAAGUGCAUGAUCUCCAGAGAAAGUUCAAGAGUUAUGAAAUUGUGAAAAUCACUCGGUCUGAGAAUUGUAAAGUUGAUGCCUUUUCAAGAUUGGUGUUCAUGGGGAUAUAUGGGCUUAACAGGACAGUCCACAUUAGAAUUGUAACCGAUCCUAGCAUCAAUCAGACCAUAGGUGUCAUGGAUAUUGAUAAUGAGUCAUCGUGGAUGGAUCCAAUAGUGGACUUCAUAAAACAUGGCAAUCUUCUAGAAGAUCCUCGAGCAGCAAGAAGCAUCCGGUCCAAAGCUCCAAGGUAUUGCAUGAUUGAAGGAGUUUUAUUUCGCAGAAGCCUCACACUUCCAUACCGCAGAUGCCUUAAGCUUUUCGAAUCAUCCCAGGCCCUAGAACAAGUUCAUGAAAGAAUAUGUGGGAACCAUUAA